AUAUUAUCACAGAAACCUUUAUUUUGACAGCAAUCCUUCCUGAAAAAGUCAGAAAGAAAAAAGUCUAAAAAAUGCUUUUCACUUAGAUUUACUGCAGGAGGAUUUGUGGCUGAAGCAAUAUAAAAUGGAAAGAAAAAAACAGGACAAAGAAAGAUCUCAAGGACAUGCUGUGAAAAAAAAUAAUAACAGGCACGUGUUCAUUUUUUUCCCUUUUGCUUUCUCUCGCUGAAGUGAACCCUUCGACCUGUCAGUCUUACUUUAAACCUCUUAACAAUUUUGUCUUGAAUUCAAAUUGGACAUAGCAAAGGACAGGUUCACAUUUUACUUGAGCCAUACAAUUGUGCUUUUAUCUCUACUGGAAAUCAUUUAUUCAUUGGUUUAUCUUAAAACUAAAUAAGGUGCAUGUAAAAUGGUGCAUUGAAGUGUCAUGUUAGAUCUGGAAUGAAAAACAGUGUCUGUUUUUCUCCUUGAGUAAUUAUUCUGUUCAAAUAGCACAUAUUUCUCUCCAGGCAAAGAGUGCUUGGGUUGAAUGGAUGCUGCCACUGCAUAAUGGUCCUCAGACGUUUGUUUCCUUGGCAACGUGGGGAGGGCAUGCGGAGAGGGAGGUAUAAAAACACUGCCAGCUCCUCUCUGAGUCUUACUCUGAGUUAAGUGCAGUCACUGUCAUCACAGAGAACCUUAGACAGUCAGUGUCCUCUCGCCACUUGCUGGAUCAGCUUUACAAGUUCGAGAAUGAUGCGGCCAAAAGACUUAGGUCACGGCUCCGGUACCAAGACUUUCCUGGAUGCCAUGCAGGGUGGCAAAGUCCAUCUUGCACGCUUCAUCUUGGACGCCUUAGACGGGCGUAUCAUCAAUUCCAAGACAGAAAACAGCCGCACACUGCUCAUGUGUGCCGCCUGCCUUCAAGAUCCCGGAACAAGAGCCAAGUUCAUCCGGCUGCUGCUGGAGAAAGGGGCAGAUGUCAACUGUCAGGAUGAGGACGGCCGCACAGCCCUCAGCCAUGCCUGUGAGAUGGGUCACCUGGAUGUGGUCAAACUUCUUGUGCAGUUCAAUGCUGAUCCAGACGUCUCUGAUGCUUGGGGUAACAGCGCUCUAAUGUAUGCUGCCUUCUCUGGACACAGCCAGGUUCUGGAGUUCCUGAUCAGGGCUUUCAAAAGACUGGGAUUGAGGCUGGACAGAACCAAUAACGCGGGACACUCAGCCAUUGAGGUGGCCAACUUUUUUGGACACAAUCAGUGUGUACAGAUUUUAAACUUUCCUUGCAGGAAGUUUAGCAGAGAUGAUCCACUUGUUGAUUUCAGCGCUGCUGUUGAAGGAGAAACCCGUUUACCCAACAAGCUCCCUAGGCAUGUCUUGGAGAGGUUCUCCAAACCACUGACAAAUGAGGACAAGCUGCCAAGUGUAUUUCAAAGACAGAUGAAAAUUGGAGAUGGCAGUGGACUGUGGAGCCGAUUCAGAUGUCCCAGAAGCCAAUCUCAAGAGGACAAUCAUGACCAUAGUUGGGAUUUGUCUCCUCAGCUUGAGAAGAGCCAGAAUGAGGGGGAUCACGCCAUUCUCUUUACUGCCAAACAGCUGCAAAACCGCCAGUUUAGAGAGCUGAGGGGGCAGAAAAUCCCAAACUCUUUUCCUGAGCCAAAGCAAAAAGAUGUCAGCCAGGAUGCUAAGCUCCCAGAGCAAGUACCUGAAUGUUUCCCUCACUGGGGAAAAGCAAAGUCAUUUAACCUGGACAUUGUGAGCAGCAGAAAGCAGUCCUAUCAGGGUGAUGUGCGUGACAUGAGCCUGUCAGCCAGCAAAUUGAAGAGAGCCUCGCUCCAGGAUGAGCGAUGCCUGAUAAACAAGAUGGACUGUCAAGGGAACACUCGGGGCCUGACAAAUGACUGCAACAAAACUAUCCCAGUGCCAAAACCUGUUUUAAACAGCAAGGGUCAGCCAGUGAAAGCCCUCCAUACAAAUGUCAAAUCACAGAACACUGAGGCCGGUGACACGGCUCCGUCAAACAGAAAAGAGCAGCAGAAGAGGGGGAGCCUUGGCUCGACUACAAGACACAACAAGCUGCUUUCCGCCAGGGCAGAGAUGGAGGCACAGAAGAUCCCGAACCAGACAGCAGGGUUCGUGGGCCUGGGGACCCGGCUGCUGCGCCGGUUUACUGCACCAGAUUUCAUGAGGAUGGUGUUAGACUGUUCAUCUGCCUCCACAAAAGGCAGAGGUCAGAUGUCUCGCUCUGAUACCUUCCCUCUUUCCCACACACAGCAGCAGGUGAACAGUCAGCCGAGCGCUGACAGCAUCAGCGUUGUGAAAUGUGAGUUUGAGAGCUACUCAUCUCAGUACACCCUUGAUUAAGUUCAGGACCCGACAGCAGACAAUGUUGUUAAUGUUAUUACUUUUGUUUAUAAAAUUGCAGUUUGUGUGCUUGGUCGGCUUUGUUGCUCUCUGUUUAUCUAUUUAUAAGAUUAACAAAUUUAAAUACUUCUUCAAUUCUUGUUUUAUAUCGAUGAGUUCUACAUUUAAAAUCCUUAAAUGUCACCAAAUCAGUCUGUCUAAUUAAUAAAAUAUCAUUUUAAACACAUACAAGAUUCAUAUUCCCUGGAAGCUUUUAAUAUUGCUCCUAUGUCUUCAAAAUAAACUGUAUUUUGCUCAAGAUAUUCAUUGUGUAUUAAUGCAAAACAUCAAAUAAAGACAAUUAAAAAAGCA